AUGAUUGGUCGCGCCAUUGACGUCACAGUUGUUGACUUUAAGCUCAGCAAAAAGUUUUCAAUGCGCCCCUCUAGAUGGAAUAGACUAGACCGUGUUCCAGUCCCCUGCCACCAUGGCGGUGAAAACGUCAGCUCAGACUGGAAGGACCUGGCCUUCCAUCUCGACUUCCGCCGAUCAGACACCGACAACAUAGCCGGGAGGAACCGGGAUGACAAGUCCCGCUGUAUGGACCUGUUGGAGGAAUGGCUCAAGCGGAACGGGGACAGAGCCACCGUAGAGGUCCUGAUGGAGGCUCUGUCUGAGGCUGAGUUACAGAGUACUGUGGACGGGCUAAGGGACAAAUACCCAGAAGUUACAGGAAAGUCCGAAGCUCCAAGGUGCAUUCUGAUUGAGGGUGAAGCUGGAGGGGGGAAGACAACAUUUCUGUCCAAAGAAGCCUUAGAUGCCGUCUCACAGAAAACAGAGCUGGGUAGACGGCACGACAUCGUCCUGUUGAUCCGACUCCGGGAGGUGUGGGAGGGGGAGACCAUAGAGGAGAUGGUGUGGGACCAGUGUGUUUCUCAAACAACUGAAGGUAUUGAUGUACAGUCCAUCAGAGCGAUCCUACAGAGGAACGAGUCCCGUGUGCUCUUCCUCCUAGAUGGGUAUGAUGAGCUGCGGCCUGAAGCCAGGGAAGCCGGGCAGGCCAUUCCCAAACUGCUGUCUAGUAAGAUGUACCUCAAGAGCACGGUCGUGAUCACCUCCCGUCCCUCAGCAGGAGUGCAGCAGUACACCCGGCCAGACUGUCACGUACACAUCAUGGGCUUCUCUCCUGAACAUGUGGACAAAUACGUGCGGCAGUACUUUGAAAUAGUCGGAACAGCUGAAAUAGCGAAGGAACUCAUCACGGUAGUAAGAAAAAAUCCUCUUGUUACGGAUUUACUCCACACCCCGAUUUUCCUGAUGUUAGUCUGUGUACUGUGGGAGGAUAACCCAGAGAUGGUGUCACCAGGGACAAUGACAGAUCUGUACAGCAACCUCCUGACAUGUCUUGGUAAGAAGCACUGCAAGCGAGAAGGUGUGGAAAUGCCAACAGACGGACUGCCGGCAGACUUGGCUGAUGCAUUGCUGCAGAUCGGCAACCUUGCGCUAGAGGCACUGCUAAGGGGUGAGACUCUGCUUGACGUUUCACAAGCAGAGAAUGAAAAUCUGAAUUGGAAGCUGUUGACAGCCAGGCUGGCUUCAGUUCUGAAGAAUGUUCCCGGUCUGAAGGUGCUGAAUCUGUCAUACACAGCCCUAACACCAGCAUCACUCCAGUCACUUGUGCAGGGUUUUCGUCACAUUCCUCAGUUAGAGGAGCUGGAUCUAACUUGGAUCGAUAAACUUGGUGAUGCUGGGAUGGAAGUCCUACAGACUGGGCUGUCCAGUGUUCCACACCUGGCUGUACUCCGUCUCAGGAAUGUACACAUGACAUCUGCAGGCAUGUCGCUCCUCACUCCCUACCUGCGCCACCUAGCGGGACUGAGAGAAUUGGAUUUAAACUUGAAUGAGAUCGGUGACACCGGACUGACAUCUCUCACCACCGUCCUCCCCACCUUCAUCGCCAUGCAGGUGUUGGACCUGGCAGCGACCCGUAUAACCCACACAGGCAUGCGCACACUGGUCCCUGCACUGCGUCACUUAACCAGACUCGUCAAACUGGACAUUGGUUAUAACAACAUAGGAGACUCCGGGCUGGAAUGCUUUUCCGCCAUCCUCCCCCACCUCACAGCCAUGGAGGUGUUGGUCCUGCCAGAUAUCAGGAUAAGCCACAAAGGCAUGGUCGCUCUAGUGGCUGGAUUGUGCAAGUUAAAUGGACUGAUCAAACUAGACAUUAGCAAUAAUGACAUAAAAGACCCCGGACUGGAAUGCCUAGCUGCUAUUCUCCCUCACCUUACCGCCAUGAAGGUACUUAUUCUCAACAGCACGGGUAUCAGUGACAGGGGAAUAUCAGCCCUGGUUAAAACUCUGCCUCACCUGGUGGAAUUACAGGAGCUGAAUGUGAGCUGGAAUAACAUAGGGGAUUCAGGAAUUGUCUCUCUUGUCCAAACACUUUGCCAGCCCAGAAAGUUGGACUUGGAACAAAACCCACCUAGGGAAAAGAGUCUGACCACAGCUACAGCACCUCGUUAUAACACCACACUACAGAGGCUGGACUUUGGAUGGAAUAGAGGAAUAACAGGAGCCGGACUGGGGAGGGUCGCACAGCUCAUCGGCACACCUACACACCUGCCUGACACCGCUGCCAUGGCUCUAGCCGAGGCUCUACCCAGACUCCCUGCCUUGGAGGAGCUGGAACUUGAGAACAUCUCCAUGGAUCUUGCAGGGUUUCAGGCCGUGGUGCAGGCUGCUGAGGAACACCCUACACUAAAGCGCCUGUGGUGA